AUGACCGACGCCUCUCCGUAUACUGAUCGGCCGCCGGUCUCCGCGACUUCUUCUGUGCCCGACCCUAUGGCAGAAGAGUCCGAGAACGAGAUUGAUCUUGAUGAAGCCGAUUUUGCAGAGUCGCAAGCGAAAUUCAACAAAGAGAAGGCACAGUUGGAAGCGAAGUUGAUCGACCUCAGCGUAUUGGAGUAUAGGGCAGUCUCGCUGUUGGAGGAGAUAUCUCUCUUGUCUGCUGUUGCAAGCAUUCCAAUCGAACGGCUGUCUAUCAGUGGUCCGCAAACCACUGAAGUGGAGAUGGCCUCGCCCGAACCACCUGUGGAGCUUUCUGGCCCGGCCCAGCAAGAACCAAUUACUCCGAAAGCCGACCAUAUGGUCGAUGCCGACAAUUCAGAAGUAAUCGAAGACUCAAGAGAGAUACCCGUUCCAGAUUCCAGGUUACUACGCCCGCAGCGCUCGUAUUCGCUUGAUCCAGAUUACACUCCAGACAUCAAUACUCUGCCCUACCUGCCUGAAGGUGAAGGUCCUCCAACUCCAGUCUCUGAGCUUGAUCUAGAUCAGUUUGCACCGACGGAGGAUGUUGCGCAAGCUGUUCAAGAUGUGCUGCAGGAGUUUGAAGAAACUGAGAUCCAGAACCAGGAGACAGCGGAAGACGAAUAUGCACGUGCAUACAAGGAGUGGAGAUUUCGAGUACAAGAGCUAGACGAUGCAAAGGAGCGGGAGAGUGAGGCCAGAGACCAGUCCAUUGAGCCUACCCUAAAGGCCACAACGCCUGAUGCCACCGCUGCUAACACCGUGGCAAAUCUUCUAGAACAGCCCAUCCGGCGAGGUCACAGGUUCAACAGCGAAUAUGAUCUUCAAUUGGCACUGAAAGAAUCCAUGAAAGACGCUGAGGAAGCUCAGGCUCGAAAAGAGCGUGACGCUAAGAAGUCUGCACCUGACCCCGAGCGAGAGGCUGCCAUAUGGGAUCAGUACAGUCUGUACGAAGUGCAGCGACGGAAGUUCACCAAUACGAACUGGCAACGACAACCAGGCCAAGGCAUAAACGUCUUCCAUUACGACCCUCAACCGGACGACUUCACCGACGAGGAGCACCGGAUUUUAGUCGAGAGCUACCAUGAUAUGUACCUGAAGAAAUGGGGCAAGCUGGCAGAGAUUCUUACCCAGAAAACAGGGAAGGCACGGGAUUAUAAAGAGUGUAUCAAUCAUUAUUACACAACGAAAUGGUCGAAAGAGUACAAGGGUAGGCGAAAAUAUCGAAAAGGCAGAAAGCCGCGAGGAGGUGGAGGCGCAGGUCGCGGUCGCGCGUCUGCUGCAAAUACCGAGAGGCCAGAUCUUUUUACAGACGACUUAGUUGACAAAUCCUCCCAGUCCCACCUCAACAUGACCACGGACAGCGGUCGUCCCCGGAGAGCAGCAGCUCCGACGUUUGGCGCGGAGAGUGAAGUGGAUGGAGUAACGCCAGCGCCAACACCAGCGAGAGCUCGAGGCGCAGGACGGCAAGAUAAUGGCGAUGCAACGGGCGAGAAGGCAGGGAAGCGGCAGAAGGUGGCGAAGGAGAAAGGCGGGAGAAAAGUCAAGAAUCACCCUCUGGCCGCUGCAGCUGCUGGCUCCCCGGUCAAGCCGGAGAGGAAAGAAAAGCUUCUGGGGGUGAAGACAGAGGAUGCAUAUGGUAGAGAGCGGUCGAUUGAAGAGUCACGAAUGCUUUCUAGCAUACAGCCUGGUCCAGGGAUGGACGAUCACCUGGCCUACCAGGAGGAAAUGCUUGCUCGAACCGGGCCGAGCGGUAUUUUGAACGAUAGACCAAGGAUUCAAACAGCCCACUCGAGAGGUGGGCCAUCUAGUUAUUGGUCUGUGAUGGAGCAAACGGACUUCAAAAGGAAUGUCGCGCACUUUGGUACUGAUUUCGUUGCCAUCGCCAAUCAUAUGGGCACGAAGACGCACACGAUGGUGAAAAAUCAAUACCAAAGAUUAGUCGAGCAAGGUAAUGCACCCGAACUGUUGCAAGCGGCCCAGGAAGCGGACCAACGAAAACUGGCCGGUGAGGACCUUGGUCCACCACCCACUCCAACUCCAGCUGUGAAAAGGCGAUAUGACCAACCUCAGACUACCGUGCCUCGAACCAUUGCGCCUACGCCGGAUGUUGUGGACCUGAUCAACUCGCCCGUGUUACAGCCUGCUAUCCCAGCGCAGACUUCGCCUCCCAUGUUCCCUGCCUCGACGAGGUACCCGGCCAUCGCCCAAGCUGCUCCCGUGCAUACCAAACAGCUCGUCCUCAGUCGCAAUCCUCGUCCAUAUCGCAACCCACACGUUCCAUACCGCAUGUGCAAGACCACCUGCAUAGGCACCAGUCCAGUCAGGAAUCGACAUAUCGGCAAUCGAUCCAUCCUCAGGACCGGGAGAUGCAAUCUAGGUUUGAGAGCCAACAGGAACGCGAACAUCAAUCUCGCUACCAGCAACAGCAGCAUUCCCGAAGGAUCUCUCAGGAAAUCGCACAACAGCGCCAAUACCAGGCGCAUGCUACUUCCACAGCGCAGAUCAUGUCCCAAUUGCGAUCAGAUCAUGCUGGACAUGGGUCUCCUGAGAGUCGCGCGCUGUCCCUACAGCCAAAUCCCAUGUAUCCACCCCAACAGCAGCAGCAGCCGCCUUCUAUUAUGCAGCAUCUGA